AUGUCAUGGGAUCUGGUAGGGAAUGUUUAAUGUGCUGUUUUGCUAUCGGGUUUGGAGAUACUGUCGUGUUAUUCAAUAAAUAGCUUAUUUGUACUAAUAAUAUUGAUAGUAACAAUACUAAUAAUAAGUUUAGGACCAAAAGGCGGCUCGUGAAAGAAGAGUCCAUCGGAUUGGCCUAAGACGUCGCGAUGACAAUCAAACAUUAGCUCAAAUGCUUUACAAACAAGACAUCAUAACUCACCCUAUUGCGUUGGUGCUUGAACAGGACCUCGUAAUCUUUGGUUGUAAGUGGACAUGUAAAAGGGCAGGAUAUAAGUUUCGAAUCUACCGCCCUGGCAUAUCCAUCCCAAAAUGUCUUCGAGUUUUUUUAGUCAGGUUUAGUUUUAAGGACUUUUGUUUCCUUUACACUCUAUUCUUCUGUCCUUGGCCGUCAACAUCAUAUAAAGUGUUACCAUGUUUUGCAGUGCUCGUUAUACAUAUAAAUGCCCAUAUUUUAUCAUUUUUUAGCUUUCAACGAUCCAGACUGCGGCAGCUUCACUCUAAUCGACAUUGCGGAUGACUAUGACUGGAUAUUCAAAGGCACAUACUUCAAAUUCUUAGAUCUGGAGUAUGACCAACCGUUUAUGGUAUACUCCUUCAUUUUCAUGCCUAACAAAAGAGCUGCACCCAAUGUCCCCCGGGGUUUGAAAGGAGAUCUGAAUAGAAAAAAGAGAAUAAAAAGUUAUCAGGCAAACCAUUUCGAAAAGUGUUAAACGAUCCUGGUAACGAAUGAAUUGAACCAUCAAGCCAAAGUGGCCAAGAGGUUGAGGUUAGCCUAACGCGCAGUAAUUUUUUCUGAUUUGAACGCUAUACCUUUAAGAAAUAUAAAAAUUGAACGUAGGGACGUCGCUACGAUGUUUCUCUGGGGGGGGGGGGGAGGAGAGAGAAAAAAUUUCUUUGGCCCACAGGUAGCUGUGGACCGAUUUUUCGAAUUUUUUUUCGUUUUUUUCACGUACCUGCCGAUUUUUUUUGCGGAUGAGCUCUGGGGGGGAGUCACCCCGAACCCCCAAACGACAUCCCUGAUUGAGCGUACUGUAACUGGCUAUCCAGCUAACUACAGGUUUUAAAUAUGGUUUUCGUGGUAACUUUUUAUGCUCUUUCAUCCUAUAUAGGCGGCUUACCAUAGCUAAGAGAUAGUUGAUGCAACUCCUUUGAACGUAAGCUUCAUAUUUGCAGAUGGCUGUCUCAGACGACUAUGGCAUCUCAAUCCACCGUGGUAUUUUGCAAAAAUUGAUUGAGAUAGAGUGCUUAUUGUUUUUUGAAGCAGCAACUUACAAUAGAACUUGUGGUGGAUUUGAAGGUAAAAUUUCAAACAAAAGUAGAAAAAUAAAAAAAAAACUAAAAACAUUUAAAAAAACACUUGCUCAACUGAAAAAAACUGAAAAGACAUUUAUUUUUAUUUUAUUUUCAAAUUUUAAUUUAUUUUACUUUUAAAUACUUUUUUUCUUUUUUUAACUGUCACUUUGUAGACAUAAACGUGUGGCAACUAAACAACUUCAAGCUUCAGCUAACAACCGAAGAAUUACAGGAAGAAACCGUGCACAAUAUUUUUAACUUUUACCCGAUUGAUCCAAAUCCGGAAAACUAUUUAUUACGCCUAAAUUACUUUGUAAGUUAACCUUGAAUUUCUUUUUUCGUUUUUUUAUAAGCUGCGAUUACGAAUUUUCCAUUCUUUGACUUGUCAAAAAAUUUCAUUUUUAUCACUGAUUGAAAGUUUUGAAUCGCCCAAGUUUUUUGAGAAAAAGCUAACAAGGUUAAAUACCCAAGCUGCCUCUUUCAGAUUCAGCUCAAAAUUUUUAUUUGAAUUCUUUGUACCGCUAAUAGUACCCAUAACAAAUUUUAACUCGCGCUUUUGAGUUUUAAAUUUGAAUUAUUUUGGUUUCCCGCCAAUUUGACAAACUUGGCUUGCGUUUCAAACACUUUUUUCGACUUUCCAGACAAGCUACGCUUAUGAAUUUAAAAAUUAAGGUUUAUUUAAAGGUAUUCUACUAGUAUAUCAAGGAAAAAUUCCUAAAAAUUAAAAAUGGCAAAUUGAUAAGCAUGAAACACAAUGCCAUUUUGGCGAUAACUUCAAAACGUAUUUUUAUAUGGAUUUUCUCCUGUGGCCUUCAGGUGGGGAGUUUUGGUCGGGGGGCGGGAGUCGAAAAAAUCGGCACAUGUACCUGUGACGAUUUUUUGCAAAAGGUUUUUUUCCAAAAAUUCACAGGGGGGACCACUUUCAACUUUUUUUUGAAAAUUUUUUUUCCCCGCCCUCUCGGGCCUACCCGUACCAGCACGUUUCCUUUCAAUCUUGGUUCCCGGGUCAGAACUGGGGGCCUCGAGUGACUCUUUUCAGGUUUAUUGAGAAACGUUGGUCAAACAUUAUUUUUUCAGUACCAGAGGCGCUACUGUACUGCCCUUGAUUACGGAAACAAUCAAAUUGGGUUUGCCGAAAAAUACGAAUCAACUGCGAGAAGGAACUUGGGUAAAGGGCUCAAAUCACAAUAA